AUGCUUCCUGUGGAUCAGAUGCUCCACCUCCGUCUUGACUGCCCGGCCAAUGUCGCGAUGAUCACUCCGCCAGACGAGAACGAGAACAAACUCGAGCAGGCGUCGCUGAGUGACAUCUAUCGGUUAACCCCAAAACCUACGCUUGUCCUCGAUCAUUCGCUGCACGUCGUCCAAGUCUCCAAUAGUCAUGUGGCCGCCUUCUCUUGGUCACGAGAUCAGCUACUGACCUCGAGCGUCUACAAUCUUCCGCCGUCCAUUGUGCCCUCGCCGAAUAUCAUCUCCCUUAGUGGUGCCAUCAGCACUGCUCUUUCUACCCGAGAUGUGCAGAUAAUCGAAAAUGUCCAGGUGGAGGCCACCUAUUACUCGCUCAGCGUGACACCCAUCUUUCAAAACGAUGCCCUUCUCUUUGUCCUACUCGAAGCCCAGCGGACGAAGCGCGAACAUGUCGGCCUGAUGAGCGAGCAGACAUACCUGAACGAAACCUACAAGAUCUUGGUCGACACCGUGAGGGAUUAUGCUAUUUUCAUGCUGGACACCAGGGGCUACAUUGCAACUUGGAAUUCAGGCGCUGCGAUCCUUAAGGGGUACUCGUCAACAGAGAUUGUCGGUCGGCAUUUCUCCGUUUUCUACGGUCGCGAAGACCGCGAGACCAACAAACCCGCCCGCGAGCUGGAGGUCUGUCUCCAGGAAGGAAAAGUUGAGGAUGAAGGCUGGCGCUACCGCAAGGAUGGCACCCAGUUCUGGGCCAAUGUCAUGAUCACCCCUAUCUACCAGAAUGGCAACCACAUUGGUUUCGUCAAAGUGACUCGUGAUCUGACUGAGCGCCGAGCGGCCGAGGCGCGUUUGAUUGACGCCUUUGAGGAAUCCGCGAAGCUCAAGUCCGAUUUUUUGGCCAACAUGUCCCACGAACUGCGAACGCCUAUGAACGGCAUGUUUUUGGCCCUCAGCAUGCUGAUGAGAACCGAAUUGAAUGAUGAGCAGCGCGAGUUUGCAUCCAUCCUGGAAGAUUCCACCUCCAUUCUGCUCCAGGUCAUCAACGAUGUACUGGACUACUCCAAAUUGUCAUCCGGAUCUUUCCCAUUGAAUGCCGAUUCACUGAAUGUUUCCAGCGUGAUUAAUGCAGUCGUGCGCAAUUGCCGACCGACACUCAAGCCCGGAGUUGAGCUUCAGACGACCAUUGAACCAGGUUUCCCUUCGAGUGUUCGAGGCGAUCCACUCCGAUUUCGCCAAGUACUACAGAAUCUAGUCAGCAACGCAGUCAAGUUCACCGAAAAGGGCCAUGUCCGGAUCAACGCUACAUAUGCCGUCGACGACAAAGACCCCAACCUGUAUGUGGUAUCCACUGAAGUGGUGGACUCGGGCAUCGGUGUGCCCGACACUGCAGUAGGCACCCUCUUCACCCCAUUUACACGGUUUGCAGACACGGCCACCAAAAGAUAUCAAGGCACCGGUCUUGGACUCUCCAUUUGCAAGAGUUUGGCUGAGCUGAUGGAUGGAGCCGUUGGAUUCCACGCCAACCCAGAUGGACCCGGAAGUGUUUUCUGGAUUACAGCCAAAAUGGCUCGUGUGGGUGUUCCAGAAGCGCACACAAAGACGAAGAUCGCCCCAGCGCCACCGGUGGCCCUUGACCACUCCGCCGCGCUUCAAAAAGUCGCGCCGCACAAGCACGUCCUCCUGGUUGAGGAUAACAAUGUCAACCAAACAAUCAUGCUGAAACUUCUCAGUAGCCUUGGAUUUGAGCGCGUGGAUGCCGCUUGGGAUGGCGCCGAAGCGGUGCGCCUGGUUAGGCAGAAGCCUCUCACCUAUAAUAUGAUCCUCAUGGAUAUUAACAUGCCUGUUAUGGAUGGUUUGAUGGCCACGGAACUCAUUCGAAAGAUGAAGGUUGACGUCCCUAUCAUCGCUCUCACGGGCAACGCCUUAAAGGGAGACGCCGAAAUAUAUCUCGCUAGGGGAAUGACCGACUACAUUGCCAAACCACUGCACAGACAGCAGUUGGUGGAUCUCUUGUGGAAAUGGUGCGGACCCUGA